AUGGCCCUGGAUUUCGCGCUGUGCCCUACGACCUGCAGCGUGGAUUGGACCUUUCUUCGUGGCGAAAUCAGCGCAUGGAGUCGCCAACCCCGGCAAAAUCAGCCCGUCCGCUGGAUGGUCUUGUGCGUCUUCUCCAACUGGAUUGCGCGCAUCCCCAAGGUCUGGGACGGCUGCCUGGUGGGCGUCUCCCUGGCGCUGCUCCACGCGGCCUUCUGCGCGGAGCCGGGGAAGGAGCGAGCGGAGCUCUUUCAGCAGGUGAUCCAUGGGGUGAGCCUCCAGGGCUGGCCAGGGUUGGUGCUGGAGGUUGGCUGGCCCAUCUUCGAGUUGGUGGCAGCCCACGGAUCGAUCGUGCAGUCCGGUGGAUGGAAAGGUCAAGAGGAGUUGUUCCCUGUAGAGCCGCCAGAGUGUACAAAGCUGACACGAGGCGCUGACGACGUUCGCUGGGAAGCUUCUUUGAUCACCAUGGACCGCGCGCAGCGGCUGGUCGAAACAGGACAGCUGCGUCUGGAAGAACCUGAAGUGGUGUUCUCGCUGAACCUUCUGUGCUCAUCACAGACCGCGCCGGACUUCGCCUCCGCCACUGCCUGCACGCUGAAGGCCCUGGCGGCGCCGCAGGCGGCGCGGAGGAAUCUGAUCGCCGCAGCGGAACGCGCGGCCAUCGGCUGCCUGGGAGAGGGCGCCCCCGGUGCAUUGAUCACCGCCUUGCUGCGGUCUCCGUGGCCCCUGGCGCACUUGCUGGGGCGCUUGCGGCCGCCUUCCCUUGAUGAAGUUGACACCUCGGAGAAAUACGUUCUGCAAACUGAGGCCAGCGGCUUAGUCUGGCAGCCGCGGCAGCUGCCCUAUGCUUCGGGGGUGCUGACAUUUGAACGAACCAAAGACGCCGCUUUUCCGUGGGUUCAGUUUGUUGCACGUGCUGUGCCUGCUGAACGCAUUCUCAUGGAGUUGCCAUGGCCUGAUGGGGUUAGCUUUGAAGAGAUUCAGCGCGAGGCGAUCGCGCUGCUCUCGCAGUUUCCGACCACCAACUACCCUGGUCCCUCCAACGAUCGAGAAACCUGGAAGACCCUAUGCUUGGUUUGCAAGGAUGGUCUGCAGGACCCUGCCAGCACCAGCGAGGGCACUGUCUAUGCCAAGACCGAGAUUUUCUCCUUGGCACCAGCGUUGGAACGCUUCGUGGACCUCUUUGGCAAGACAGGUGCUGCAGAUGGCCUGGCCUGUGAUGCCUGGGGGCAGCUCAACCGGCUGCAGCUAACGGCAAUUCGGCCGUUAGGCGUUCAUUGCAAUGCAGCUUCGCCUAUGAUGAUGCAUCCUGGCAGUGCCGUGAUCCGCCAUGGUACACCGUUCGCGGCACCGGUUUCGGUACCAGCGCCCCGCCCGCGGUGCGUCCUGUCCGGCCCGGCGACGACGCUAGCGACGGUGGCGACGGUGGCGAGACGCUUGCCGCGGCUCUGGUCGUCCCGGCGCCGAGCCCAACGACGGUUCUGCGAGUUGCUGGUGGACGGUGACAGCAACGGUGUGGAGCACAUCUGCCAAGCGCGGCAGAUGUUGCAGGCGAAAGGCUGGCAGGUGCAAACCACCAUCUUUGCCACGCCAGGACGCUUUCAGAAUCAGCGCUUGCAAAGCUUCGUGGAAGAAGAGCCACUGGUCUUUUCCCAGCCGGUGGAGUGGAAUGCCAGCAAGGAUUCCACGGAUGAGGCGAUCAUUGCAGAACUGAAGAGCAUGGCCAAGAUGUCCUUUACUUUUGGAAUUGCUCUGUUGACGGCCGACAAGGAUUUCUUUGAGGCGAUUAAUGAAGUGGCUAGCUGCGGCAAGCCCGUGACGGUGAUACUUCCCAUUGGACGUCCUGGCCCGACAGAACUGUAUCGAAGCAAUCCAGCUGUCGAGGUGUCAGUGCUUCAAGCUGCGAACGAAUUGGGAAGAUUCGAAAGGGUGAAAGCCACGAUACGUGCUGAUGGAAGGGGUGAGGUGGAAACCAACAGCUUGCUGCGACCUGAAGCUCCUUAUGCCCAGCUGAACGGGGUUCUGGAGCGCUUGAAUGACUUAGGGUACUACAGCCCUGAGGAUGUAUAUUGGAACCAUGCCUUGGUGAAGUUCUGGUUCGCCAAUUCCUUGGGUGAUUUGCCAGUCUAUCCACCCUGGGCUUUGUUGGACGCAGUGGCCCGGGUGCUUGAGGAACCCCGACAGUGGACCUCCAAACAGCAGCAGAUGGCCUUUAUUUUGCCCUGCGCUGACACGUGGAACUUGACUCCCAGGAUGAAGGACUUCUACAUAAGUCGCAAAGCAUACAGCAUCACCAAAGGAUGUGGGCCUUUUGUCGUGCCAGAUUCUGGCGAAUCUCUUGCAGAAGAAGUCUUAAGACGGCUGGGAUAUGACGAUGAAGCCGCUCCCGAAUUUACCGAAUUUGCCUUAUCAUUCUUCGCCCAGAAUAAGAACAAGAGCAAGCUGAGGAAAGCAGAUUUGUUGCCGAUCGCUGGGGACACCGUGUCGGACGUGAAGGGCAAGUUGAGGGAAGCCUUCCUUUCGCACAAAGUUUCGGAUGGUGAGUGGCUGAUUCCUCCUGCAGGUGAUGCUGUGCUGAAGAUGCUGCGGAAGCAGGGCUUCGACGGAUCAGAGCUGGAGGCCAUGAAGGCCUAUGCAGCUGCCAAGCAGCUCCCGAGCCGGAAGACUCGGAUUGGAUACAUCUCCAUGAUCCAGGCCCACAGCAAGAGUCGUGUCCGUUUGAGUGUCGUGCUACCGGGCGGCAUGAUCGCUUGGCAUCCCGAUGCCAGAGUUGUGGAGAAUGGACGUUUGAUUCUACAUGUGCCGAUCCGGAGCCAGCCUGGUGCUUUGACCCGCUUGGGCCAGAUCUUGUUCCACGCACCCGAAGGUGUGCUGCACUGGGCAGACUACUCCCUGCCCCACAGCGUCUUCAACGCGGGAGCAGAGCCGCGGGUACAUCUCAUCGUUGACGUAGCCAGCAGAAACAACGAGGAUUUCGAGCGGAACUUCCUGCGGCGUUGGUCCCCAGAGGUCCUGGAACACUUCGUGGCCAAUGCCAUGCCACCGGUGGAUGCCAUGGCCACAGAGGCCAGUGCUGUCGGGCCGCCCGGCAGCAGCUUUGUGCGACCCUUGUCCCGGCAGAUGAGCGAUGCCUAUACGACCUUGGUCGGCGGCUCUACCGAGAUGUUAGCGUUGGAACGCCGCGUCUGGCAGCAGGUCGGUGAGGCCUACGCGACCCAAGUGGCACAAAUGAUGCGCUGA